GAAAGUAUAAUGUGUUUUGUUAUACUUAUACUUAUCCCCAAAUAUUCCCCUUUUCUUUUCUGAAAUUCGAUUUCUUACAGAUAUUUACCCAAUAACAUCAAAUUACAUAAGAAAACAAGAAAAAAGGAGAAAUGAGCUGGAUUUCAUUUCUCUUCUGCGUCUAAACACUAAACCUUACUGCCAUCCUCUCUUCCCCUAAUCGCUGAUUUUUAGAUCUACCAGAAACCCUAGACAUAGACCUUUUUUUUUUUUUUUUUGAUUUUUCCUCCAUUUAUUUCGUCAUCAAUGGCGUCUUCUUAUGUUACCGCUGCUCAUGUGGGCUCUUACUUUGUAACGCAGUAUUAUUCGAUGCUUCAGCAAACACCCGAGUUUGUUCACCAGCUUUAUUCUGAUGCUAGCACUAUGCUUCGUAUUCAUGGUCAUUCUCGUGAGACUGCCUCUGCUAUGCUCCAAAUUCAUGCACUUGUUAUGUCAAUGCGGUUUACAUCAAUUGUGAUCAAGACGUCGUAUUCUCUUGCCUCAUGGAACGGAGGAGUAAUUGUGAUGGUCACAGGUUCAGUACAGAUUAGGGAUUUUAGUGGAACGAAGAGAUUUGCUCAGACAUUUUUUUUGGCUCCUCAAGAAAAGGGUUUCUUUGUCCUGAAUGACAUUUUUCACAUAAUUGACGAAGACCAUGUUCAUCCAUACUCGGCUCCACUUAUAGGACAAGCCAAUCUUAAUGCCAAGUUGAAUGUUUCUUCGCCCAUACCAGAAGCAGUGACAAAUUACAUGAUGGGUGGAGGAAUGCAGGCCAGGGACUACAUGCCUCCUGCUGAUAUCAAAGAAAAUGGUACUGUUGAUGAAUUUUCGAUCCCUGAUCAGAGGUUGCAGCAAGCUCCUGAAGUUGAAAGGAUCCUUGAAGACAAUUCUAGAGAACAUACAAAUGGUUUUCUCGAGAGUCCAAUAACCUCAAUACAAGACCUCUCUCCAGCACAGAUGGAAGAAUCCAUUGAGGAGCCCCAGAAACAUACCUAUGCUUCUGUUUUACGCGCUGCUAAGGCACAGUCUACUCCAUCUGUUACGCCUCCACCAUCUUCUAACAAGACUGUGGCUACUGCUUCAGAAUGGCAGCAUGCAUCUCAACAGCACAAUCAGCAAUCUGCUGCCCAGCCAGCGCAUCAACAGUCCAGUUCAACACAGGUUGCAAGCGAGAAUUUCACUUCGGACAUGAAUGAGGACAUAUCUCCUGCAGAUGACAGAGGUGAAAUAAAGUCUGUCUAUGUGAGAAACUUGUCUCCAACUGUUUCUCCUUCUGAAAUAGAGGAGGAGUUUAAGAAAUUUGGCCAACUUACUGCUGAAGGGGUAGCCAUCAGGAGAUUGAAGGACACUGAUGUUUGUUAUGCAUUCGUGGAGUACGAAGAUAUUUCCUCUGUCCAAAGUGCAAUUAAGGCUGGUUCAGUCCAGAUUGCUGGACGACAAGCAUACAUAGAGGAGCGGAGAGCAAAUAGCAGCUUUGCACGUGGAAGGAGAGGGAGAGGCAGGGCUUCUUAUCAGCCUGAUUCUUCAAGGGGAUGGUUCGGAGGUCGUAGUUAUAACAAGGGCGGCAGUCAAUUUGGAGAACGCGAAUUCAACAGACCGAGAGGAAACGGCUAUUACAGACAAACUACCAGACAAGACCGAUAUUCAGGUUACCAAGCGAGAAAUGAAGAAAACAUAACUGAGUCAACAUUUUAGGUUUGAUAUGAAUAAAUAGUGAAUUUUAGUGUUGUUUCAGUUUAAUUUUUGAAAGGUAAACAUAAAUUGUACUUGGAAAUAUUCUUGCAGUUCAUUCAGCAUUUGAAGAAAUGCAUUCUUUGAAAGUGGCUUGAAUAUCUAGCCUCUGUAACGGUUCAUUUUUUUAACUACCUUUCAUCCAGAUUCAGUCGAUUGUCGAA